CGGGCCUGAGAGUCGCCCGGUGCGGCUCUUUUCUCCCCCAGCCCGGGUCACUCCGGGGCUCCGCGCUGGUUGGGCGGGCAGGUUCUCUGCCCAGCGGAAAGUUUUCGGUGCCGGGAGGAAGUUGAACCCUGAAGACUCCGAAAAAGCAGCUCCGGGGGCUGCGGGGAUCUGGGCGGCCAUGGAGGAGCCCCCUUUGCGAGAGGAGGAAGAGGAGGAGGAAGAAGAGGACGGAGAGGCGGAGGAGGAAGGGCCCGAGGGGGUUCUGGGCAAGAGCCCCUUCCAGCUGACCACCGAGGACGUGUAUGACAUCUCCUACGUAAUGGGCCGCGAGCUGAUGGCCCUGGGCAGCGACCCCCGGGUGACACAGCUGCAGUUCAAAAUCGUCCGCGUCCUGGAGAUGCUGGAGGCGCUGGUGAACGAGGGCAGCCUGACGGCGGAGGCGCUGCGGAUGGAGAGGGACAACCUGCGGCAGGAGGUGGAGGGGCUGCGGAGACAGGCACCGCCGGCCGGCGGGGAGGUGAACCUGGGACCUGACAAAAUUGUGGUUGAUCUGACCGAUCCCAACCGACCCCGCUUCACUCUGCAGGAGCUGAGGGACGUGCUGCAGGAACGCAACAAACUCAAGUCGCAGUUGUUGCUGGUGCAGGAAGAGCUACAGUGCUAUAAGAGUGGCCUGAUUCCACCAAGAGAAGGCCCAGGAAGGAGAAGAGAAAAAAAUCCUCUGGUUACCAGGACCAGCCCUGCCAGCAGUAACAAAGAAGAGAAGACAAUCAUAAGGAAGCUAUUCUCGUUCCGAUCAGGGAAGCAGACCUAGAUCGAAGGCCACAAUGGAGAGAACGGCUGUGACUCAUGAAGCCAACACACCAAGAUGCCUUCCAAAACCAUCUCUGUGCCAUACCUACACACUUUGCUUGCUCAUUUGUUUUAUCCUCAAAGCAGCCCAAGGAGGAAGAUAAGGUUCUCUAAGGAUCACUUUCUCCCUGGCGGCAGAACUGGACACGCUGGAAGGUUUGGCCAGGGCAGGUGACUCAGCACAAAGAAAUCAAGAAAGCAGAAGGAAUGUGUGGCAGGGAGCACCUCCUGCUCCCAGGGGUCUCCAGCCUACAGACCUGUGUUCUACUGAUCUGGUCCCACAGACGAUACUGGUCUUUGACAUGUAGGAGAAGAGAGAAAAGAAAGUGGGAAAAUACAGUGUAGUAGAUUGAAUUAUGUCCCCCCAA